AUGAAGAUUCAGUGUAACGUUUGUGAGGCGGCGGAAGCGGCGGUGCUAUGUUGCGCCGACGAAGCUGCGUUGUGUUGGGUUUGUGAUGAGAAAGUUCACGCCGCUAAUAAACUCGCCGGAAAACACCAGAGAGUCCCUCUCUCUGUCUCUUCCUCUUCAAUACCCAAAUGCGACAUUUGUCAGGAAGCGUCUGGAUUCUUCUUUUGUCUGCAAGAUAGAGCUUUGUUAUGUAGGAAAUGUGAUGUUGCAAUCCAUACUGUGAAUCCUCAUGUUUCAGCUCAUCAAAGAUUUCUUUUGACUGGAAUUAGAGUAGGUCUUGAAUCUACUGAUGUUGGUCCUUCAGCAAAAUCAUCACCAUCUAAUGAUGAUGAUAAAACAACCAUGGAGACAAAACCAUUUGCUUUACCUACUUCUGAGCCUCAAAAGAUGGACUUUGAUCAUCAUCACCAUCAGUUAGGAGUUUUACCGGAAAGUAAAGUUGGUGAUCAGUUUUCGACAAAGAUUUCUUUCGCAAGCAGCGGAUCAGCUACUGGAAGCAUUCCUCAGUGGCAAAUAGAUGAGAUUUUUGGGUUGACCGAUUUUGAUCAGAGCUAUGAAUACAUGGAGAAUAACAGAUCAUCUAAGGCAGAUACUAGUAGACGAGGAGAUUCAGACAGUUCAUCGAUGAUGAGAUCCGCGGAAGAAGAUGCAGAAGAUAAUCAAAACUGUUUGGGAGGUGAGACAUCAUGGGCGGUUCCGCAGAUUCAAUCUCCACCUACAGCUUCUGGUUUGAACUGGCCUAAACAUUUUAACAACCACUCAGUGUUUGUUCCGGACAUAUAUUCUUCAACUCCUUAUACCGGUUCAUCCCCUAACCAGAAGAUUGGGAAACGGAGGCGACGGUGCUGA